UUCAGAUGAAAAAAGAUCCAUAAUGGCAGAGAAUCUGUCAGAAAUUGUGACUUUCCUGAGAGGUCGAGGUACAUCUGAAGAAACAAUCAGUUGGAUUCAAGAGCAAAAGAUUGACAGAGAGGUCAUCCUGCUAAUGGAAGAUGCCCAGCUAGCAAACUAUCUUCCAUCAUAUGGAGACAGGAUUGCUUUGUUCAACUUUUGCAAGCGUCAAACACACUCAGCAAAGCGGAAGCAGGGACUUUUUGAAAAGCUAAGGGAGAAGCUCAAGCUUAGAAAGGAAAACCAAACUGGAGAGGAGGAGCCAGGAACCUCCAACAAAACCAAAAAAGCUAGAGCAAAAACAGCAACAAGAAAUAUUGAAAUAGGAUGGGUUCACACUGAUGGCAAAAUAACAAAACAAGUCAGAGCAAAGCAAGGUGGGGGCACAAGGAAGAUUCCUAUAAACAUUCAGGCAGGAUGUGAUGAGAUACUAAAACAAGGAAAGUCCCUAUUCUUUCCAGAUGGAAAAUCCAGCAAAGGUCACGAAUGUGAUUUUGAAUUUGAUGUUUGGGAUUUCAAGCAAAAUCCUUUUCCCAAGGAUGUCACAGUUGAAAUGUUAUACAACACAGUUAAACUCCCACUUCUGCGCUUCUAUAUAUCAACUCAACUAAAAUCAGAGUUAAGUGAAGAGUCUGAUGAUAACAACCACACCUGUGUCAAAUGUGUUCCUCAGCCUGAUGUACCAGAUAACGAGGCCCUUGAUGAACCAUCGGUGGACAGACAUUGUUGGCAGGAUUUAACAGAUGAGGUUCAUGUCUCCAUUCCAGAUGUGUUUAUUGUUUCUGAAGAAGUCCUCACAGAUUCUACAGUAACGAGAGAAUGCUCUGCAAGCUCAAGUCAAGAAACAAGAACAGUUGUCAUCAGUGAUCCCAUAACUUUUUACAGUGGCAAGAAUUAUGUUAUUGAGGAUGACGCUGACCCUGAAAUCACUUUUGGUGCACAAGCAGGGAAUGAUGACUCCCUCAGUGACACAUUGAUCUAUGAGCCUCUUGAGUUACCUCAAAAAACUGAGUGA